AUGGGCGAGCCAAAGGCACCUCUACCCCCGGCUUUCUCCGACGCGGCGAUCCGUAAUUUACUGGUUGGACUUGACCUUCCAGAAGCCGCCACUAUAUCACGCCUUUCAGUAACGGCCGAAUACCACGGGAUUUAUCUACUUCGUUUUAAUGCAAAAGACGUGGGGCGGAUUAAACCACCGCUGCAAAAACAGACGAUAAGUGCUGAUGAUGGCUCUGCAACUCUCGUCCUUAGGGUAUCAGGCCGACAUUUGCCCGGUCUCAAAACUCGUAACGAGGUCGGGUGCAUGGUUUGGGUUCGCCACAAUACCACUAUUCCCGUUCCAGCAAUCGUUCGAUAUGAUUGUACGGAAAAUAACCCCCUCGGCUAUGAAUUUACCCUUUUGGAAAGGGCACCGGGUGUCAGCGUGGAUACCAUAUACGAUACCCUAAACGAGGCUCAAAAACUUCUUUUGGUUAAACAAUUAACCGAUUAUAUAAUACAACUUCACAACAAACCAUGGUGCAAACCUUGCGUUGGCGGCCUGGUACCCGCAGGCGACGGUUUACCGCCAAUACCUGGGCCCAUAGUUGAGGAGACUUUUUGGCAGCAACCCGACAUCGAAAAAAUAUGGCCUGCCGGUGAAAAUAUCAAUACGCUUAACCCCACCGAAGGAGCUUUCCCUGGCUACGUUGCAUACGUAACCGCGAGUGUUAAGCGUUAUAUUUACGCCAUUCAACGCCACGAUUCUCUUGCGGCUUACCGCGACCUUAUACCGCGAUUACAGGCCUUUAUCGCAGCUAUUUGCGCGCCCGAAAUGAUCAACGAGCUGGAUAACGUUACAUAUGUUUUCGCUCAUAAAGAUUUACAUUUUGCCAAUAUCAUGUGUGAUCCAACACAGCCAGACAAAAUGCCUAUUACUGCCGUUCUCGAUUGGGAAUUUUCAGGCAUUACUCCAUCAAACCGGUGGAACCCGACCCGAGCCUUUCUGUGGAACGGGCAACAGAACGAGGAUUCGAAGCACGAAAAGGAGCGGCUUUUUGAAUUGUUUAAAAAGUUAAUCCAGGAGCGCGCGCCUCAAAUCCUCGAUGAAAUGGAGCCGAAUGAAAUGCAGGAGGCCAUGCAGACAGUACACAAUUUCCUAAGGGCUAUCGUCGAAGUGUGUCCACGUGGGCAAUGUGUCGAUAAGGUGGGCGUGUGGCGCGCCACCCUAGAGGCCAGUUUGGAGGUAUUCGGCGUAUAA